AUGACUAGCGCAGAAGUAGUUGAGGCCACGGCUAGUGACCAACAUCUACAGGAAGUGAUCGCUGCCCUCAAGAGCCCUGCCAGAUGGCGCAACCCAGCUCUCAGGGACUUUGUGUCAAUACAACACGAGCUCUCUGUGGCAGACAAUGACCUGCUGCUGAAAGGUACUCGUCUCGCUCUACCCGCCGCUCUCCAGCAACGAGCCAUAUCUCUUGCACAUGUGGGGCACCAAGGGAUAACCAAGACAACCAAGCUCAUGAAGCAGAAGGUCUGGUUUCCUCAUCUCGAUACUAAAGUGCAAACAGCUCUGAAAACCUGUAUGCCGUGCCAAGCGACCAUUCAGUACCGACAUGCCGAUCCCAUCGCCAUUCCAGAAAAGCCUAGUCGGCCUUGGGAAGCCCUCUCACUUGACUUCGCCGGUCCAUUUCCAAACGGCAAAUACCUGAUGGUCCUUAUGGAUGACACGUCCCGCUAUCCUGUCGUAAAGAUAUUGUCAUCGCUCACCAGCCAAUCCGUCAUCAAUAGCAUCACCAAGAUCUUCAGCAUCUUCGGAAUUCCAAAGGUGAUCAAAACGGACAACGGAGCCCCGUUCCAGAGCCACGACUUCAAGCAAUUCGCCCACACGCUAGGAUUCCACCAUCAGCGUAUUACACCGCACUGGCCGCAAGCGAAUGGGGAAGUGGAGAGAUUCAUGCGAACAUUGAAACGGUUCAUACAAGCGACAACACUGGAAAACAAUAGCUGGACCUCCAAGCUGGGCGAAUUCUUGAUGGCCUACAGGGCAACACCCCAUUCAGCAACUGGAACCCCACCUUUUAAUGUGCUUUUCGGCAGGUCCAUGGGAUAUCUUCUCCCAAGCUGCUCCAAUGACAACCCACCUCAGAAGUGGCAAGACACAGAUCUCCAAGAUCGCACAAAACACAAGAUAUACGCUGACAAACGUAGGCACGCCCGGCCUCACAACCUCACUGUGGGAGACCGAGUUCUCUCCAAACAAAACCAAAGAAACAAGCUGACCCCAGCUGCCUAUGAUCCCAAGCCAUACCAGGUCAUCGAUGUCAAGGGGACGCAAAUUACGGCACGGCGGGAUCACGGCAUAAUAACAAGAAACGCUAGUUUUUUUAAACCCAUGCCCCCCACCACGAGCAAAGGAUCCGAAGGUGACUGUGACUCGGACAACGCGUGGUUCAAUGUCCACCUCUCUCAAGAUGGCUGCAGGGGAACGCUUCCAGACCCGACUGAUCGAGAAACCGAGCAACGCCUCGUUCGGGGGGAGGACGAAAGAGACCGAUCUGUUGAAGCCCCUGCCCCUGAUCCACCAGGAACAUCGCGACCGAUCCGUACCAGGUGCCCUCCUGCACGACUCAAGGACUACGUCUGCUCUUAA